GCCAUCUCAAAACAACAACAAGAAUUCGCUCUCCGAAACCAAAAUCUUUCUUCUUUAACAACAGAAAAGUCCUUCCCUCGUUUACCAAAUCCCUAAAACCCUUAACAAUCUCUGUUACUUACCCUCACUCCCCCUCCUCAUCUUCUUCUCCUUCUUCUUUCUGGGUUUGUUUUGAGAGAUGUCUGCAUCUAUCUAUGCUGCUUCUCCGGCGGCUAUACUCGACGGGCAAACUCCGGUUCCUCCUUCUCCAUGGCAGUUCAGCUGUGAUUUGGAAGUGAAUUAUGGGUCUGAUGAGAAUGCUUCAAUAGUAUGUGCAGCAAUAGCUGUUGAUGCGGAGUUGCAACCUGACAAAGUGAGAAGGGUGAUGACUGUGAACGAUGGAAAGCUUUCAGUACAUUUUGAGGCAGUCGAAGCAAGGUUUCUGCGAGCAUCAUACAGUUCAUUUGUUGACGUUCUUACACUUGCAACAAAAACUAUCGAAGAAUUUGGGCCAGGAAUGCAGUUGUGAUAGUAGUGAUGUAAAACUGUCAAAGCUGCAAAGCUGAUUUUUCAGGACUUGUGUUUGUGAACUAUGUAAUUCUAUAGCAGUAACUUUCUGAUGCUUGUGCCAGUUAAGAAAUUUGUAAAAGAUUUGCUCGAAUUCCUUAAUAUCACUAGUGCUUCUAGAGUUUCUCAA